UCCAAGCCAAAGCAAAUCAUAAGCACGCGUUGUUUAUUGCCCAAACAAAAGGCCCUUUUCUGGCCGUCUUGCAUGUCCUUCCGUCCGACCCUAGCCGCCCUCUCCAAAAAAUCAUCUACACAAUGGAUGGCUCGCCAGCGUCAUGACCACUGCGUCAAGCAACAAGCGUGCAAGUCCCGUUCCGCAUUCAAACUCCUGGAACUUGACAGCCAGCUCAAUUUCCUCGACGACGACGAUGUUCACAUCAUUGUCGACCUAGGUGCGGCGUCUGGAGGGUGGAGCUAGGUUGUAUCACAGCGUUUGGGAUACGGGUCCGACGAAGACAGCGAGCCAUUAUCGUCUACCCUUCCCCGGGGUGCGAUCUAAACGAAGACCCGCAGAAUCGUUGCGUCCUGGUAGCUACUACGACCCCCUCAAUAUCGACAAGAUGGAAGAGGAGCUUGCUCGUAGUGAAAGCAAAGGUCGUGGAACCAUCGUUGCUAUUGACCGUCCUUCCAAUGAACCCCAUUCCUGGUGUACGCCCCCCAGAAGGACUAUCUCGACCUAAAAUGGAUGCAGGAAUCACGAACCUCCCAUACCUGGACUCAGACAGCGGAAGAUGGGUAAAGCAUUGGCGGAUGUCGUGCUCUCGGGUAUGGCCCCGAAUAUCUCUGGGAAUGCUUUGCAUGACUCUGAGAAAUGAUAUCGGCUUUGUCUGGCGGGGCAUUUGCGGCGCGUCAUAUGCGAAUUGAGAAGCAGAUUGGUAGACG